AUGGUGCGUCUCAGAAGUGUUGAAGCAAAGGCUUUGAAACGCCUGCAAAACCAGGCUGCUGUCCAGCAAGCCCCCAAAAGCAAAUGGACCAGCGUCAUCGGCAAGCCGGUGUACCUGCCUCAAUUCCGCGUUGCUCUUGUCCGAACCCCCAACCUCACUCCCCGAUAUGCUCAAUUCCGCGUCCCCCUCAACUUCAACAAGUUCGAUCUCCGCAGCUACCUAUGGAACUUGUACGGAGUCGGAACUCUUAGCAUCCGCAGUUAUGUCCAGGCACAACCCAUCACACGAAUCUCGCGCGAUGGCAAGGGUUACGGCCCGUGGCGCCGACCCAAGUCGCAGAAGCGCAUGACUGUUGAAUUGAAGGAGCCUUUCGUGUACCCUGCGGAGCCCGCGGAUCUCACCCCUUGGGAGCAUGAAGGCUGGGAGAAGGCUGAGAAGUGGCAGAUUGCCCAACAAGACAAGGAGAACCCCAAGCGAAACGCCGGCGAAGAGCCCGACCAUGAGUUGCGCGCUGCCUACAAGGCACAGGCUAAGCAGCUGCUUGAGAACCAAGAGAGCUGGAGACCAACCUGGAAGGCUAUGGGCUUGGGGGCGGAUAAGGCUAAGGAUGCUAAGAAGGGCGAAUUCUUCCCUUCUGCUACCCUGCCGGCUUGGUUCUCUAAGGGACGCAAGUACGGCGCGCGGUAA